UCGGGAAAACACUAGUGAAGAAGACUAGUGUAACUGUCACUUCCAGCAUCACCAGUCUUCAUCACCAUCCCCGCUAUUCACACAGUGCACACAUCAAAACGGACUACGAUAGUAAACGGCCUACGGUCCAGAUCUGACAUCAGGAUGUCUGACAAGAGUGAGCUGAAGGCCGAGUUGGAGAGGAAGAAGCAGCGCAUUGCCCAGAUCCGAGAGGAGAAGAAGAGAAAAGAGGAAGAGAAGAAAAAGAAGGAUGGGGAUGCUAAGCGUGGAGCGGACGGGUCUGGGGGUCCCGCGGCUGAAGACUCAGAUCUGGACAGGAAGAGGAGAGAGGCGGAGGCUCUGCUGCAGAGUGUGGGUAUCACCCCUGAUUUAGCCCACGCGGAGCCUCUGAGGAUAAUAACAGAGGAUACGUGUCUGUUUCACUACCUAGUCCCCGCCCCCAUGUCUCCUUCCAACAAAUCAGUGGGCAGCGACGCCGGGAGCCAGGACUCCGGUGACGGGAACGCCGGACCCAGGACAUUGCACUGGGACCCUGACCCUUCCACUCUGCAGCUCCACUCCGACUCUGAGCUGAUGGGACGUGGACCCGUGAAGCUCUGUAUGUCCAAGGUGACACAGGUGGACUUCCUCCCUAAGGAGAUGGUGUCCUACUGCAAGGAAACACAGACCCCCACCGAGACAGUUACACAUGGAGAGCAGAAAGAAGAAGAGGAGGAUGAGGAGAGGGAUGCGGCCCCAGUCCAGGACCUCCAGGAGGAGAAGGGGGAGCAGGGCGAGCAGGAGGAGGAGGUCAAGGAGCUGACGGAGGAGGAGAAGCUGCAGCUGCUCCACACCGAGGACUUCAUGUCCUUCUUCGAGCGGGGCAGCCGCAUCGUGGAGCGGGCUCUGGGCGAGCGCGUGGACGUCUGCUUCGACUACAGCGGGCGGGACCUGGAGGACAAGGAGGGCGAAAUGCAGGCUGGCGCCAAGUUGGUGCUGAACAGACAGUUUGCAGACGAACGCUGGACAAAGAACCGAGUGGUCACCUGUCUCGACUGGUCCCCACAAUACCCAGAGCUGCUGGUGGCGUCGUACAACAACAACGAGGACGCCCCGCAUGAGCCCGACGGCGUGGCACUGGUCUGGAACCUCAAGUACAAGAAGAACACGCCCGAGUACACCUUCCACUGCCAGUCGGAGGUGAUGUCAGCAGGCUUCGCCCGCUUCCACCCCAACCUGGUGGUGGGCGGGACGUACUCGGGACAGAUCGUCCUGUGGGACAACCGGAGCAACAAGCGCACCCCCGUGCAGAGGACCCCGCUGUCGGCGUCCGCACACACGCACCCGGUGUACUGUGUGAACGUGGUGGGCACCCAGAACGCCCACAACCUGAUCAGCAUCUCCACAGAUGGCAAGAUGUGCUCCUGGAGCCUGGACAUGCUCUCCCAGCCACAGGACAGCCUGGAGCUCAUGUUCAAGCAGAGCAAGGCGGUGGCCGUCACCUCCAUGGCCUUCCCCCUCGCCGACGUCAACAACUUUGUGGUGGGCAGCGAGGACGGAUCGGUGUACACCGCCUGCCGCCACGGGAGUAAGGCGGGCAUCACGGACGUGUUCGAGGGCCACCACGGCCCCGUGACCGGGCUGAGCUGCCACAGCGCGGCGGGGGCCGUGGACUUCUCCCACCUCUUCAUCUCCUCCUCCUUCGACUGGACCGUCAAGCUCUGGAGCACCAAGAGCACCCGUCCGCUGUACUCGUUUGAGGACAGCUGCGACUACGUGUACGACGUGAUGUGGUCCCCCACCCAUCCCGCCCUGUUCGCCUGCGUGGACCUGGCCGGGCGCCUGGACCUCUGGAACCUCAACAACGACACCGAGGUCCCGACUGCCAGCGUGUGUGUGGAGGGGGCUCCGGCUCUGAACCGCGUGCGGUGGUCCCACUCUGGGCGAGAGAUCGCCACCGGGGACUCUGACGGACAGGUGCAGGUCUACGACGUGGGAGAGCAAAUCUGCGUCCCCAAGGCGGACGAGUGGACCCGCUUCGUGCGGACGCUGGCCGAGAUCAACGAGAACCGCGAGGAGGCGGAGGAGCUGGCCGCCUGAAGGCCGUGACGGCGCGGCGUCCCGCACGCCCCCCACGCCCCCACGCCCCCCCCCCAGGCCCAGCACCGCUGCCCCGCUUACCGCUGGCCAGCGCUCCGGUCUCUCUCUCGCUUCCAGCUUCAUCCUCACCACUGACUUAAACACUAACCCAUCUGACGGCCGACUGACCCCAGACGAUGGCGCUACAGAGCUAGAACGACCAGAACAGACAGCUUAGAGCAGAAAUCGGUUGUAGAUUGUCCAUUUCUGUUGUCUUUUGGGUAGAUGGACCGGUUAGAGAUGUGUUAAAGGGGUCGUGGAUGUGUGUAGCUGCAGGGAGCACUGUGUUAUGGGUUUCAUUUGGAAUGAGAAAUGGCAGUUGAUUCGAAGGCUCAUCGCCCGAGUAGUGCCUGUGUCCAAUAGUUCAGCGUAAGUGCAAAGAUCGAGUCUGUUCUGUCUAUUCUAGCUCUAUGUCGGCGUCCUCAGGAUUUCAGUUUGGAGACCAUGCACUCUCUUUAAAAACCUCAACCGUCAAGCUCUUUUUUUAAAAUAUGCAAAACCUUUGUACUUGCACCUUUUUAUUACCAUUUGAGUGUUUUUACAUGUUUUACUAUUUCGCUGUAGGUCUACGCUACACUUGGCUGAGGAUUUGCGUGCGUGUUCACAGCACGGAGAAUAUGUACACUACACUAGCUAACAUAUCUCUGCUGUACAACCUUUCCAUCGCCCCUUUGAAAAGGAUUUGAAUUAAUUGACACUCACUCUGGCCUGCGUUAUCUUUUGAGUUUCAUCUGUAUAUUUAAUAUUUAUUCUGCCUUUUGUGUUUAUUAUUAUUAUCAUCAUCUCUUGUACUGUCGCACAGCCUGUUGCUUUGAGCUGUCUUAGACUAAAGUGGUUUGUUUCUGAUCUUAGCACUCUACAGCCAGUAGUUUAGUUACUUGGCGGAAAGAAAAAAAACAUGUCCUUACAUUUCCUUGAAUUUGUUGACACUACCUAGGUUAAGAUUUUAUUCCUGUACCAAAGUCUUACGGUGUUUUCAGUGUAUUGAAUACUAGGUAACCCUUUCCUGGCCUGUCCCCUUUUAGGGAGCCUAUUAAGACUGAUGAAAUAUGAUGUAUUUCUCUUACUACUCUUUACAAAAUGCAGUCUGGAUUAUUCAACCCAGCCCAAAAUGAUUUUGAAAUUGUACAUUUGAAAGUGAGCUCACGAUGUUAUCAUAUCCGCAUUUUCAAAUAACACAAUCAGUAUGAAAGAAACAACAAUGUAAUCGAAGACCAAUCUCUGCAUUUUAUGAAGACAUAUUGUACUGCCCAUUCCUCCCCUUGUACUUUGUCAUUUAAAUAAAUUAAGUCAGCUUGGAUAAAAUUAA